AUGCCGAUGGCUUCGUACAAAGUCCAGGUGGCCACCGGGAACUUCUGGGGCUCGGGAACCUUCAGCUCCAUCUCCAUCACCUUGGUGGGCUCCAAGGGGCAGAGUCCGAAACAGUCGUUGAAUAACAUGGGCAAGGAUUUCAUCCCAGGAGCGCUGGACGAGUACGAGGUGCCCACCGACCGGGACCUGGGCCCGCUUCUGCUGAUCCGUCUCCACAAGGAGCCCUACCUCUUCUUCCCCGAGGACAGCUGGUACUGCAGCUUCGUCCAGCUGACCACCCCACAAGGAGAGACUUACCGCUUCCCCUGCUACCAGUGGAUCGAGGGGCACCGGACCCUGGAGCUGAGGGAAGGCACGGGGAAACUGGCUUCUGAGGAUGCAGAAAGCCCGUUGCUUCUGCGUCACCGAGCAGAGGAGCUGAAGGCACGGCAGGACUGCUACAGUUGGGCCGAAUUUGCUCCGGGAAUGCCGCAGUGCCUGGCCGUGGAGAGCCUCGAAGAGAUGGACACUAACAUGAAGUUUUCCUUCACCAAGCUCAGCACCUUCCUGCUGCGUUCAAAGCUCACCAAGGUGGAGAUGAAGCUGAAGGGCCUCUUGGGCUGCCAGCAGUCUUGGAAGAAGAUGGAGGACAUCCGCCGGGUUUUCUGGUUCAACAAAACGCACGUUUCAGAAUACGUUGCCGAUCACUGGAUGGAUGACGCCUUCUUCGGCUACCAGUAUCUGAAUGGGGUCAACCCCUUGGUGAUCCAGAAAUGCACUGACCUCCCAUCCAACUUCCCCGUCACCCAGGAGAUGGUGGCCCCCUCGCUGGCCGAAGGCACAUCCCUUCAGAAGGAGCUCCAGAAGGGGAACGUCUUCCUUGUGGAUUACAAGCUCCUCCAGGGCAUCCCAACCAACACCAUCCAAGGCCAGCGGCAGUAUAUGGCCGUCCCCCUCUGCCUGCUGUACCAGGCGCCUUCCGGGGACCUCAUGCCUCUCGCGAUCCAGUUGUCCCAGACCCCAGGUCCUGACAGUCCCAUCUUCCUUCCCAGCGACCCCGAGUGGGACUGGACCUUGGCGAAGAUGUGGGUGCGGAACGCCGACUUCCACAUCCACCAGAACAUCUCCCACCUCCUGAGGACUCACCUGAUAGCCGAGGUCUUUGCCGUGGCCACACUGAGGCAGCUGCCCAUGUGCCACCCGGUCUUCAAGCUCCUGGUCCCUCACUUGCGAUACACCCUCCAGAUCAAUGCGUUUGCCAGGGUCCGGCUGAUCAUGGAAGGAGGCAUGAUGGAUCAGGCCACCUCCGCAGGCUACAGAGGCAUCGUGCCCAUCGUGGGAAAAGGCGCCCAAGAGAUGACCUACACCUCCCUCUGCCUCCCGGAUGACAUCGAGGCCCGCGGAGUCGCUUCCGUCUCUAACUACUACUACCGGGAUGACGGUCUGAAGAUCUGGGCUGCCCUCGAGAGGUUCGUCUCGAACGUCGUCCAGUUCUAUUACAAGAACGAUGAGUGCGUCGAAAGUGACCCAGAGCUCCAGGCCUGGGUUCUGGAGAUCUUCAGGGAAGCCUUCAAGAGCGGAAAGGCCUCAGGCGCCCCCUCCUCCCUGGAGACCAUGGCGGAGCUCACGAGGUUCCUGACGAUGGUGAUAUUCACCUGCUCGGCACAACAUGCUGCUGUCAACAGUGGGCAGUAUGACUUUGGCGCCUGGAUCCCCAACAUCCCGCCCUCCAUGAGGAGGCCCCCGCCCACGGUCAAGGGCACGGUGACCUUGGAGCACAUCUUGGAGACCAUUCCUCCCAUCAACGUCACCUGCAUCGCCUUGAGUUCUCUGUGGCUGCUAAGCAACGAGGCAGGAGACAGGGUCGCCGGUGAGAUCCUCUCCAGCAAGCCGAGCCUGCGUGACCCACCGUUGUGA